CCGAAGGGCGGUGAGGGGGGCGCGAGCCUAGGAUUCCCUCAUCCAUCCGUCCGAGAAACACAAACUUCCCGUUCAGUGAAGGACAAACUGGAUUUAAAAGCAACGUAGAAAAUCUGGAUUUUGACAAACAUCAGGUGGUGCGUGGGAUUAACAUCCAAGCGUCGUGUCUUGUUAGUGUAUUCGGAUGAUUCUGAGCGCUCGAGCGGAGCUGAAACUUUCUGACAGGACUUUUUUUCCCCGAGCCGUUGGAGAGCGCGCUCGACUUUUCUGUGCGCGCGCUGGAUCGUAGCAAAUUCUAUUGUAAUGUUAAAAUCAAAAUGUCCGAACUGGGAAAAGGGCUGACACACGAAGUGAGCGCUGCUAGUUGGUCAGGUUGGGGAAGAAAGAGACUAAGCAGAUCGCGGAACAUCGUAGCUUUGGUGCGGGACUUUAGUUGACUUUCGGACAGUGAUUAUGGCCGCAGAUUCGCUGCUCGUGCACAUUUUCCUGCACGGCGGAGCACCGUGGGGCUUCACGCUCAAAGGCGGCCUUGAGCACCGCGAACCGUUAAUGAUCUCCAAGGUAGAGGAGGGUGGAAAAGCCGGUUCUCUACAAUGCCCCCUGCUGGUCGGGGAUGAAGUGGUUAUCAUCAACGGUGUGGAGCUGACUGGAUUCAGACAGGAGGCCAUCUCUCUGGUCAAAGGAUCCUAUAAAACUCUCCAACUCACAGUGCGCAGAGAGCACUGUGCAGAUUUAUGCUGUUCUGAGUCCCUCACGGCGUCACCCUGCCAUCGAGCCGAUACAUACCAAUGCAGUGGAGGAGUUCAGAUACGCAUCAAACACAGGAGCAGUGAGCCUGGGUCCCGUCCCCAUUCCUGGCACUCCGCUAAACUUGGUGAGGGCCCUCUGGACUCUGACAGCAUGAUGCAGAUAUCCCAGGGUGCCAUGGGGGCUCCCUGGCACCAAAGCUACCAUGCCAGUGCCUCCACCACAGACCUGUCAGGUUAUGAUGCAGGAUUUCUAAGGAAAAGUCCAGACCAGUACAGUUCAAGGGGAAGCAUGGACAGCCUAGAUCAUUCGCAUCCUACUUACAGUUCCUGCAAUCAGCUGUCGGUCUCCAAAUCCUCCAAUAGUAUUGACCAUUUGCAUAGCAAACGUGAUUCUGCAUACAGUUCCUUCUCUACCAGCUCAAGUAUCCCAGAAUACCUUGCAGCUGGGCCAUCAUUCAGCAAGGAGCGCUCAUAUUCCAUGGACAGUGUUCCUCAACAUAGAACUGCAGAGGACAUGCAUCAAGCAGGUAUUUGCUAUGACCGCACUGUCUAUGACUCUCAACAGGGCAUGUCUGCAGAGCCUGAGGUCCUUUCUGCAGCAAUCCUAAAAGCUAAUGAGACCAAAGCACAGUCUAGAUGUGGACUCAUGCAGGGCAGGGUUUGUCACCGUUCCAACAGUACCAGUGGCAGUAGCAGUGGAAGCAGUGCAUGUGGUACAGUCACAUCACAUCGUCACAGUGCGGGACCAGGAUGGGGCCAAACACACAAUGGCAACUCUUAUGAAAGCCUGAAGGGGGCACCCUCACCUCCCUUACGUAGUGACAGCUAUGCAGCCACCAAAAACCAUGAGCGGCCCAGUUCAUGGUCCAGUCUUGAACAGGCUCGGUCUUUGCGGGCUCUUCACAAGGGUUUUUGGCAUCACUCGAGUGGCUCUGUGGCAUCAGGAAAAUCAUCAUUUGGAACAGAGGGUCAGCUUCACACAGUAAUUGAAAAGAGUCCUGAGAGUAGCCCAACAAUUAAACCCAAACAAAGCCUUCCACCUUUAUCACAACCUGGAUCAGCCAUGCUGCCUACUGGCAUCUACCCUGUUCCACUGCCAGAGCCCCAUUUUGCACAGAUACCAACUACAAACCCUAGCUCUAGUAGUGUGUACCCAGCACUUGCCAAGGAGAGCAAACCAAUUCCUCAGAAAGAACACAGUGGAGGAGCAGACUCUGGUGUUAGGAUGGCAGCAGAAAAUGGAUACCAAAGUAUUGCACCCUACUCCAGCUCUGUCCAGAUUCCUGGUUUCCCACAACCUAAACAAUCAACCCAGGUGAAAGAUGACGCUCAAACCAAAUGUGGCUAUAACAGAUCUCAUCCCCAAACACAGGGGUUCAAGCCGCAAAUGAUGUCCAUAGGCCAGGAAAGAAAGGACCCUUACACUCCAGUUCAGCAACGGCAAGAUAAACCCAGAUACUUACAUGGGAUGGAUACUAUGGAAGCCUACAGACAUCCUAGAGAGGAAGUGCCAAGUAGAUGUCAAGAACAAAAUGUCCAUCCACAACCAUCUUGUGCAGCAUGUGAAGUUUUACAGGAAUAUGUUCAACCUCAAAAAGGUGAUCAGAGAAUCAACACGUCAGGAAGGUUCCACAAUGAAUCCAGCACCUGUCAACAGAGGGACCAAGAUCUGGAUCAUCCAUUAACCCGACUUGAGAAUGCACUAGCAGAGGUCCAGAGAUGUUCUAGCCCGCACAGCACUACUAGCCAAUGCAGCCCCCAAAGUGAGCGGAGAAUGUCAGUAAUGGAGAAAGUCAGUCAUUUUGAAAGACAGCAGACCAAACCGCGCAGUUACAGUCACAGCCACUGCCACAGCCUCUCUAAUUACAGCUCUUCAAUUUAUCCAAGUCAGGAUACCCAAAGUGCCAAGAGGUCCAUGUCUGGACUGAAAGAUCUGCAAAAAGAGUAUGUCCCUCAACUGAGAAGUUGGAGUACCAGCCAUGAGGGAAAUGCAGAAUCAUCACAGGAUAUGCAGUCAAGGUAUGUGAGUGCUGGCCUAGCUCAGCAUAGGAAACCACAUGACCUACACCGAAGCAAGAGUUCUUUUCAACUUAAUGAGGAAAAUGGCAAAGAUAUUCAUAGGAGUAAGAGCACUUUUCAUCUUGAGGAAAACAAUAAAGACAUUCAAUGGAAAGAAGACCAUCAGGACAUCUUAGGCACAGUUCCUGACACCACCUUUACUCGAGCAUAUAGAGAUAGCAUCAAGGAUGCUCAGUCUAAGGUGCUGCGAUCCACUUCAUUUCGAAGAAGAGACUUAAGCAUAAACCCUCCUCCUGUGCCUGUGAAGCACAUGUCUCUGAAUAGGAAGGAAUCCAAUAUGUGCCCAAAUCCCACCACUUCUCCACACACUCCUAAAGAACGGCAUGUUAUUCCAGCUGAGUUACCAGACAAGACGAAUGCUCCUGAGCUUCCAAGAGUCCCUCCUGUAGGUCCUUCAGUUAUGCGAAUAUGUGGACGGAAACGAUUGACCAUGGAACAAAAGAAAAUGUCAUAUUCUGAGCCAGAGAACAUUCAUGAGGUUGGAACUUCUGAUAAAGACUCUGGCUUAUUUCAAAAGAAGGUACCACUGCAAUUCCAGCUUCCUGAGACAAGUGUUGCAGAUCGACGAAGGAUGUUUGAACUUGUAGCUACUCGUAAUACAGGUACUAAAUUGGCCACCUUAAGACCUGAGUUAAAGCAGAUGCAGCAAGAUGCUUUGGCUGAUUAUGUUGAACGCAAGACUGGUCGGCGAAUGGAUGGACGGCCUCAUCGUCCUCAUAGUGCCUUCAUGCAAUCGAAUUCUUGUUUGUCUAUGGAUUUACAAAGCCGCACCUGCACCACCAGUGUGUGCUCUAUUCAGGAGCCAGGACGAGAGGGUUUCUGUGAUGUUAACCGCCAGUCUUUGACUUUUACAACCAAUGCACAAUAUCCCUUGCACCCUAACAGGAACACCCAAACUCAGAGUCAAUCUGAAGUCUAUCAGUCUGCUUUUAUGCCACAGAGUGCAGAACCACAGAAACCAGAAAGGCAAGCAAAGAGAGCCAUUACAAGCCAUGUUGCAGGUCCAAACUUGGCUCACUUCCCCAGUGCCCCUGUUAGACAAAGCUUGGAUGAAUUUCUUGAAAGAGCUGUUCCAACCAGAAGCUCAGGGAAAUCAGCUUCUGCUGAGGACCUCUUGGAUCGCAAUCAAGACCGUCCUGUUUCUCAUCACUUCAGAUCAAAAUCCUCUCCAGCUGUGGAGAACCACAAUCUGGAUGCCUUAGCUGGAGACCUCAGAUUGUUCGGGAGUGUUUUUAAAGAAAACAGAACAUCAGGAAGCGAGGCACCUGAGCAAAGGUCAUCAAGUGAAGUUUGUCUGGAGCAUAGCUCUCUGCCUACCCCUGGUCUGACUCAGCUGAACCCACCUGUGAUAAGGAGGGAGCGACAGCGCCACUCAGACCGACCCCGAGCCCAUAGUGCCUCAGGCCUAGCAGCUUCAGUCGGAUUACCCUGUCCUUUCUCCUCUUCAGCGUGGCACAGCACCAACGCGACACAAUGCCAACCCAACCUAGAUGCCAUCACUUUCCCAGGCACUGUCCCAGAAAAUCCACUGGUAGGAAUGGACAAUCAAAAUUCUGCCAAUGUUAAUAGCUCCGAAGAUGCUCCAAACAACUCCGACAAGACAGCCUAUGACCUUUCACCUUCACACCAAAAAGUCACAGAGUCAGUCACAUCUUUCUCUCCACCUCACAGACCAAUCAAUUGUGGAUUGCCCACUUCUCCCAAAGCCUCCAACUCUCCCAUUAGGUCCCUCCCCUCUCUCCGGAUCUCAGAGUCCAGUAUUGACUUUGCCUCAUCUGCAGUUGUUUCACAGGAGGAGGAUGAAGUGUUUUUAUCUCCAACCUCUCCACCACUACAGCUGCUCUCAAGCAGAGAAGGAAACAUUUCUGAGGAACCUCCAAUUCCAUACCCAUCAGCCCAGCCUCAGAUAAAGGAAGAGUCACUUGAUGUCACAGUGUCUCAAGAAUCACAAAUACUGAACAGUGUCGCUCAGCAUCUAUCUGUCACAACCACCCACCAAGAGAGAGAUGAUCAGUUGUAUAACACUGUCCCAUCCUUGUCAGUAACCUCUGAGCCCAAUAUCACCAAUGUCACUGCUGUGAUCUCCAAAACUGGGCCAGAAGAGCUUUCAGAAAACCCUGAGUCACCAAUUCUGGCCAGGAGAGAGCGCACAGAGGCGGAGGUACAGGUGGAGACUCUGGCUCGGGAGCUGGUGAGCCGAGACGAGGAUCUCGCUCCUCUUCUGGACAUCUGGGCAAGCUCCACUAUGCUGGACUUGAUGGAAGACAUCUUCCCUUCCUGCUCAUCUGGUCCAUGGCAACAAGUGAAGACCAGCAGCAGUCAUGCAGGUGACAGUGUUCAGAGUGCUGUGUUUGUUGCUCCGGAAGCUCAUGUGAAAGCCAUUCAGGGAAGGAUGGAGACUGAUCUGGAUGAAGAAGAGUCUGAAUUGAACGAGAAGAAGGUGGAGCUCCUGCGGGCUCUGACUGUGAGUUUGGAGGCAUUGCAGAUGGAAAGAAAGAGACUGGUGGAGGAGCAGCAGUGCUACAGCACUCUGGGCUGCAGGAUAGAGGCACUGGUGCAGGAGCACUGCAAACCCAACGAGAGCGAGAAGUACCGUAUGUUUAUCGGUGACUUGGAAAAAAUCGUCAACCUGCUGCUUUCUCUGAGUGGACGUCUGGCACGUGUGGAGAAUGCCCUUAAUGCCCUGCAGAGAGAGACAGAGAAGGGGAGCACUGAGGAGAGGGCGUCGUUGCAGCAGAAACAAAGGCAGCUGCGCAGUCAACAGGAAGACGCACGUGAGCUGAAGGAGAACCUGGACCGUCGUGAGCGCAUUGUGCUCCAGUUUCUGGGUGGCUAUCUGAGCACUGCGCAACUGCGUGACUAUCGGCGCUACAUUCGGGCCAAACCGGCCCUUCUCAUCCGCCAACGCCACCUGGACGAACUCAUCCGACAGGGAGAGGAGCAAGUGUGCAGAUUGACGGAGAACACAAACCACGAGCUCAAUCCACAAACUGGCUCCACUCCAUCUUCUUGUAAUGAUUCCAACUUGUCAAAUCCAACCACUGUGACCUCGCUCUGACUGUCCGAUAGACUUGAAAGCUGCUGAGAAGAAAAACAUAACCAUGAAAGAUAGAACAAAAGAGAGAGAGAGAGAGAGAGAGAUAGAGAGAGAUAGAGAGAGAGAGACUAUUAUUACUAUUCCAUCACCUCACAUGUGGGGAAGUGCCUUAAUUUAAGGAAUUAAAAACAACAUGAAGGACGACGUUAUUUGCUUUAGCAAGUGUCAGUAGCUUUGUUUAGCACUACAAGCUAAAAACUCCACUCUGUGCCUGUCUCAUGGACAGAAAAAGGGUUUUUUUUCUACUUCUGAUGUGAUUCAGAAUGAAUAUUAAUACUGUAGCCUUAUGUCCACACAAGCACACCAUUAAUAGAUGCAAAAAUGAAAAGUUAAGAACUGUCUCCAAAUUUCCUUUUUAACUAAUUUCAUUUCCUUUGAACACCUUGAAGCCUUUCUGUUUUGCAAUAAUAGUCUAUGAAGAUUCUAAACAGAAAUGUGUCAGAGUACACAGGAGAGCUGGCACACUUGUAAGAUAUUUGUUUUCUAGACUGCACACAUGUAAAUCUGACAUCUUCUUAGAUGAAAAAAAAUAACAGCAGGGUCCAUAUAGUGUUGCUCGACAUGUUUGUGAAAGCCCCCUUUCUUCUGUGGCUGAAGUAUUUGUCUAAUGAUAUUUUAUGCUUAAUCUCUGACUGUGAGAAAGCACAGGUGUGAUCUGUGGUACUGCCGUAACUCCUGUUGGCCUGAUUGUGCAGCAACGUACAACAGCACUGUGUGGCAUCAUGCAAACACAAAAUACAAACACACACACAAACACAGACAAGUGAAGUUCUGUGCUUGUAUGGAUAGCAAAUGAUACAUAGUUCAUAAGAUGUGUGUAAUCCAUAGUUGGUUGUACUUCAGCUUCUCCCUGUUCAGGUUUGUCACAGCACAUCAUCUGAUCCGCAUAUUUGCCUCAGCAGCCUCCCAUUUUAUGGAUUCUCGGGACACUUCAAAAAAACAUCAGAAAACAUUGUAAUUAUGUUUUUGCUGCAUUUACUAUGAUUAAAAAAAGAAAAUGAGGCAAAACUAAUUAAUGGGCUCUGCAUCAUCAGUCGGGCUAAAUUGGUGAUUGUUCUGUGAAUGUGUGUAACAGAUAUCCAGUGAUCUACUUUAUCCUGUUAAUAUUUUCCAAGUCACACUCAAAGCUAUCACACAGAGUGAAUGUAUGACGGCUCAACACUGAUUUUCCUGAUGUACAUGGUUUACAGCAUGUUCUAAGUGGUGUUACAAAUGACCCAUGUAUCAGUACAAUCAUUUAAACCCAAAAAAAAGUACACAAUUGUACCAGCUCUCUCCUACUUUGAACUAAUAUCCUCAGAUCACGUUAUAAGACGAGUGUUUGUUAGAUAUGCUCAGUACCGCUGUAUUAAACCACUGUGAACAAGCAACAGCAUGACAACAGCAAGUUAUGCAAGUACACAACACAAAAGCCAACAGCAGAGCCCAAAGCACAUCUGUAUAGUAUAGCGUUGAGUUUACUGAGCAUGCUGAUAGAUUGCUGCAAUAAUUACACAACUGUUUCAAUCCUCCACAUCAGCAGAGCACUUCAUGAAUGCUGUUUUUUUUUUUUGUUUGUUUUGUUUUUUAAACUUCUCCUUAUUCUGAAUGAUUUAUAUACACUCUCUCUCACACACACACACACACACACAUAUUAGGGUGUGUGUGCACACAGUGAAAUCUGAGAACUGCCACACAAAAGCUACCAUGGAACUUUGAAUUAUUUAUAAAUAGCCUUUAUAUGAGGAUGUGUGUAAUUUGUACAUGUACAUAUGCUGUGCUAAUCUCUCCAGAUUUUUAAAGUUGCUCAGUUGUACCCAGAGUGCACAUAGCCUGUAAAUAAUGUGAAAUGUUUCAGAGUGCUUAAAUAAAUAUUAUAAGCCAUUAAGUUUAAAAAAAUUUGCAUUUAGCUGAACCGUUCCAUGUCAACAUCUGCAAAUGUUUAUGAGAUAAAAAAUAUAUAUUUGACAGAAUAUCUGUCAUUUCCCAUAAAUAUCCAUUUGAAACAAAUAUGUCAAAUACAAUAGUUGUUUUCUCUUUGAGAAUCAUUGUCUUUUUUUUUUUCUUUUUUUUUUCGAGCAAAAUUGUAAACAUUUACUGCACUCUGAAACCCUGUACAGAUACAUGUAAAACACUCUUCUGUUCACUGUAUGAUCAUACACACCGAUAAAGGUACCACUGAUGCUUCACUUUCAUUGCCUUUGAUAGACAUAGAACUUCAGUCUGCACUUGGAGCUGAAGACUUUUGUUUUUGGUUUUGUUUUUUUGUUAAUGGAUGAUGUUGGAUUUUGCUUUGUGCCGUGUGGAAACAGUAAUAAGAAAGCACAGACACAUUUUACAGAUAAAUUGGUUGUGUAAAAGAAGAGCUGUCUGCAAAGUCAUCAUUAAAUGGCAGUCAGAUGGUA